UAUUCGACGGCUAAGGAGAAGGAGGAGCAAUAAAAUGCAGAAUUUUGAAUGAUUGAAUAACUCCGACUAUUCAAGAUGGAUAUUAUUCUUUAUUCUUUGUUAUGUGAUAUUUUUCAUUGACAGAUAACUGAUGGAGAAAGACUAACGCUUACUUUAUGGUUCACUCGUGAUGGUUCCCAUGAUGAGGAUGUGAAGCUUGUUUCUCUCCUUUCACAACACCUAUUACAUAAGGACAUGGCUGCAUCGUAUCUUCCUCUGCCUGCAUCCUGUGAUAUGUAUUGUUUUUCGCAGGAUCAAGCUUCCAAUGACCAGUUUGGUUUUAAUAUAUGUUGGGCCAGACUUCAUAGUCUUGGAUAUGGCAUUUCUAUAUCCGAUGACGGUGCCUGUGACUCAGAUGUAUCUGAAUUACUGGUGAAGCCAGUGCAGUUAGUAAGAGGAGAUGAGUUGUUAGACCAUGAAUUUGUCAAUAUUUUGCAUGCACUUCAGGUCAUCCAUUUCUAUUGUUGGCAAGGAUCUGCCUUAAAGACCAAGGCAUUGAAUGUGCACACGAACGUGCUAAAACUUUCAGAUAAGGACAAGGAGAAAAUCAACUGUCUGAAGUCUGUACUUUUGAAUGAUGAAGAUUUGGUAUUGAAGGUUUUUGGGAGUAUGCCUUUGGAAGAAAAUGGAGGCAUUUGCUUUGACUGGACAGGAAUUGUGGCUGCAAUUGCUGCUUGGGAAGAUUAUGUGAAAGUAAUAAGUAAACAAAUUCAUUUAGAGUUGCCUUAUUGGAGAAUGCAUGAAUCUAUAUAUACGGUGCAACUUGAUGAGUAGUAUAGAUGAUCGACCAAUCCCGGAAAAUGGAGCACCUAAACGUUGUGCUUGGGGCCUUGGAAUUAGAAAAAGACAAUGAUGAAAAAAGUGGAAGAUAGUUUGUGAAGCCUUGUUUGAUAGCAUUCCGAGUUAAUAUGCUUUUGCGGAAUUUUAUAACGAAGUUUCUUAAAGAGAGAUGAGGAAUUAUACUCAAAUUUAUCCCAGAAAUUAUCAUAGUAUUAAAAUAUUACAGGUACAAGAUGGCAACUACUAGUACAUAUACUUUCAGCUAGUAAAUCAAACUUGUAAUUAUGGCAUUGUAGUAGUAUUCAAUUGGCCAUGCUCGCACUUUCAGCUAGUAAAUCAAACUUGUAAUUAUGCGAAUUCUGUUUCUAUUAAUCCAGAGGGUGACUAUUUU